ACAAAUACUAAAAAAACCCACCUUUACACCCCCUGAAACAUAAACAACUCCUACUAGGCUACUACUCACACACACAAAUAUAUAUAUUACCGCUAAACCUCUUUACCGACCCAACAGCGCUCCUAAAUCUCCGAUCCCAAUGGACACGUCAUCGCCGCCGUCUCUCCCGCCCUUACCCAACCCCAAGCUCCGCCUCAUGUGCAGCUACGGCGGCCAAAUCAUCCCCCGCGCCGACAAGAAAUCUCUCUUCUACUCCUCCGGCGAGACCCGCAUCGUCGCCGUUGAUCGCCGCACCACUCUCUCGAAUCUUAACACCUUCAUGGCCCACCUCUCUCGGACUCUCUUUAACAACCGGCCCUUUAGUCUCAAGUACCAGAUUCCCAGCGAAGAUAUCGACUCGUUGAUCUCUGUUACCACUGAUGAGGAUCUGCAGAACAUGAUUGAGGAGCAUGAGCGCGCAGGGAGCUCCGGUGCGCCGGGGCGCAUCAGAUUGUUCCUCUUCCCGACGAAGCCGGAGUCGGUGGGGACGGUUCUGCUGGACGCCAAGUCGGAGACGUGGUUUAACGAUGCGUUGAAGAGUAGUAUGAUGAUUAGAGGGCAGAGUGAGGAUGUGGGCCAUGGGUUGUUGGGGUUUGAUGGGCUUGGGCUUUCCGAUGAUGGGCAGGGUGGUGGUGGUGGUGCUGGGGAUGGGAAGGUUGGGUUGAUGGAUUUCGGGUCGGAGUCUAUGGUGCUGGAGAAUAAUUCUUCGUUUGGGUCUACGGGUUCUUCGACCUCUAUGUCGACUUUGCCUGCCAUUGGGGCUUUUGCUGAGGAAGAGAAGAAGAAGGUGAUUACAGUGGCUUCUUCGGGUUCACUUGAUAGUGAUAAUAGUGUUGCAAGUGCUGUUUCUCAUCCAAAAACUGGCUUUCAUCAAGAUCAAGCAGUUCACAACUCUUUCUCGGAUGCUAAAGUAUCUUCAAACGCUGAUGUUAAAGUAUCUUCAAGCCCUUUGAAACCGGAGAGUAUCAUCCUUGAACCUUCAUCUUUGAUCCAAAUGAAAAAUGCGGCUCAGGUGUCUUCAUACCAGUUGCCUCUUGCACCGGAAGAAAAAUUACAUCAGCAGGUGCAGUACAUUCACCCAGGUGGUCAUUAUGUGUCUCAAUACCCAACAGGCCCAUUGCCAUUCUCACCUUACUAUCCAGUGUAUCAACCUCAGGUCCAUCAACAACAACACAUCCCUUAUUCACCUAAUCCACCUAAUCCUCCCUAUCCAGUUUACUUAUUGCCUAUAAGGCCGACUCAAUCUUACAUGUCCUCUUCCCAUAACUUGAAUAAUGCAGCAACCAAUGCACCAAGCCGUCCUCCUUUGCAUCCGCAAACUUCUUUGCUCGGCAACCAAGUAUCCUAUAGGGAAGUCACACCACAAGCUCCAGUUCUACCUGAACUAACCCCGGACAGUUAUUGGAGUACUUCACCUUCCAUUCAGAAACAACUUUUGGAUCCCUUGGAACCAUAUCAACCAUCACUCUCUGUGGUUUCUGAUCCAUUAGUUACUACCAACAGCGAUGCUGAAAUUGUUGUAGAUGAUCUUGCUUAUGCUCAGAUAUACAAGAGUCAACCUCCAGCACCUGCAACGACUCCCCCCUAUGAAGCUAUGACCAAUGUUUCAAAAGUAUUGUUAUCUGAGACUUCAGCCCCACUCCAUGGGGCCUCACUGCAAAGUAAGAGACCUAAUGUGUAGUGACAGUUUUCGUAGUGCCGGGCAAAUUUACUUGUCUUUCCUAUACUAUUUUGUUUGUAAAAGUGUUGGCUGGAUGAUGAAGUCUGGAGUUUGACGUUUCUUUGAUUGGUUUAUCAAUUUGUUUAUUUUGUUUAUUUUUUUUUACAAGUUCAAGUCAGAUUUAUGAAGGUACAAGGCUGUUCAUAGUAUUUAUAGUAGACAUCUUAUGUUUUUUGUAUCAGCAACUCAGAUUAUGCAUGUUGCACUCAUUUUGACAGCUUAUUUUCCGGAUGGAUUGAUACACUACACAUUUGGUGACC